UUGUCCUAUAUUAGGCUGUUUAUCCACCUCACCAAAAAGGCUCUAAAUUCCCUUAAAAUAGGAACCAUCUUAGACAUCCGCAUGACAAGAAGGAAGUAAUCACCACUGCAUUUGUCCUUCAUGAGGAAUCUUCUUCAGCCUGGGAUGAUAUAGGUACAGAAUAUUUUGGAAACAAGAAAUCCUGUGGCUUCCUAUCCCUCUUUUUUUCUUUCCACGUUUCUGACUAUAACGAGUCCUUGUGUUGCUAUGGUAACCAACAGUCCCAGAACACAGGCUGCUGGCAGUUGGACUUUUAGUCACUGAAACUCGAGUUCUGAAGGAUUUUGAAUGUCCCCAGUUUAUGGCUCGGGAGUUAGCAGCACCUCUUUUAUGCAAGAAGCAACCAGAGCAGGGCAGAGAAUGGCAGUCUGCAACGUAUGCAUAUUCGUGUGUGUCUGUGUGUGUGUGUGUACUCUCUUCCCCCUGUCCCCAACUUACUUACUUACUAGAGCAUCAUAGAAAAGGUUGGACAAAAAAAAUGCCAUCAAGUGGUGAGAGAAGGGGCAUCUAAAUGGCUAUAACCUUUCUGGAAUGCAAUUUGGUACCGACUAUCAAGAGACUUUAAUACAUCUGUGGUCUUUGAUCAAUUAAACCCACAUAUAGAAAUAUAAAGGGAGACGAAGAUUUAUUGACAAGGGAGUUUAUUGUAGAUUUAUUUAUUAAAACAAUUACCAGCACCUAAUGAUCAUUAAUAAGUGGUUAAAAUGAUAGAAUAGCCAUAUAUGUUUAUUGCAGGUUAUACCACAAAAAAUAAUGUGUUUCAACUGAUGUGACAUCCAUAUCCAUAUAUGUAUGUGAAUGUUAGUAUAUGUAUAAAUUAUACAUGUAUAAAUAUAUGUACAUAUGAAAAAGAUUAUAAGGAAAUCUGCCAAAAUGUUUUCACGAUGGUUUUCAUUAUCUCUGGACAAAAUGGGAUCAUUGGCACAUUUAUUUUCAUCUUUAUACUUUUAUAUCUCAAAUUGUAUACAAUGAUUAUUUUUCUUUUAUAAUACAAGUUCUUUCGUUGCAAUAAGACCAAUGAUGUGAGGGUUGUUAUACAAACAAAACAGGUUUUUAAAGGGAGGGGGCUGCCUCUUACUCCCUUAAUUGGAGAUUGCAAAAUAGGAUGAACUUUUUCAGAGUGGGAUAGAACUAAAUAAAGAAAGAAAUGGAUAAUGUUAUUGCUUAAGUACUAUGACUCCCUUCUUUUCACCAAUCCCAUCUAUUUUUUCCUUCUUUUGAAGAUCCCUGAGAUGAGAGAGACCUAAAAUUUGAGUCUUCAACUCCAUGGCAAACUCAUUCUCCUGUAGCAACUGUGCUGACACUAAGGACUGUAGCUCCGAAUCAAACCUGAGCCUCUCCGUGGGCUGUUAUCCUUGUGAGGACACCCUCUCCUAUGAGAACACACUCUCCUGUGAUAACACGUCUUCUAAGGGUCCUUCGAUCCAUUUUGUCCCUCCUGUCCAAGGCAUGUGGCGGACUGAAAAUAUAGGGAGGCUCCUGAGAAGACGAGACCAAAUUCAGGAUGACCUGGAGCAGUUUUGCAAACUAAGAAUCCCCCUGGCCUGGGAUGUUGAUGUGGGCUCUAACGAUUCUGAUUUCACUGCUAACUGGGGUCUGCAUGGAGAUGACCAGUGGAUAGAUCAGUUCCCCAGAGAGGAGACACACAUGACCCUCAGCAAACUGGAUGGUCUUGUGCAAAAGCUUGAGAAAUUUCUAGAAAAUCAGAAAGAUGACACAGAUGAUGAAUCUGUGUUCCCUGAAUCUUUUCAAGAGGAAGAUUUCCAGCUGUCCAGCAGCUCCCCUCCAGAUAUGGCUCAGACGAUGAGCCGGGCAACCGGCAGCCAAAGGACAAGCAUUACAGAAAUCACGGUCUCAUCAGAUCAGCCAUUAGAGGACGACACUCAUUCCAGUACACAAGCCCUCUCCUGUCUGAACUUCCGGUGGGUCUUCCGCUGGCUAAGGCAGCAAGUCCUUUCCUCAUUUGGGGGAAGAGAGCACCCCAAGAAGACCACAGAGCACCCCCAUCAGCUGACACAAAAGAAAAGACUCUCUCACAGAAGCAAAAGAAUCCAACCUCAAGAAUCCCCCGAAUUAGGACACUCUGUAUCGCCAAGUUUUUGAACUUUUUGAUAGUCCCUGUUCUACGAUGCCCGUGAGUUAAUUUUUUCCCAAUAAUAAAACACUUGUUCUUGUUAUCUACAUCUUCCUCUUCCAGCUCACCAUCUUGACUGAGGCUGAAAGUAUGUAUGUUAUCUAGAAGACUGAAAUAUAUUCUCUGGGAAUUUUAACACCUAACACAAAGGUGUUCUUUUUCUCUCCUCUCUGCCUUUCUUAUUGUAUUUUACCCUAUUUCAUCAUUAACCCAAAUCCCCAUUUUCAGAAGGCAGCAGUACAACCCACCAGAUUCCCAGCUUGGCAGUGUGGCUUUGGUUGAACUUCCGGGGCUCGAGCAAGUGGCAGCGGGUACUGAGUCACUCAGGAAGUAUUUCAAUGGCAGUGUUUCAAGAGAUCAGACAGUGGUUCUGAUGUUUUAGGGGACCUGACUGGUUCUAGUCUGUGUUGCCUUGGCUAUGGAAUAAGUGGCCCACUUAGGAGGAAUGAGAGGAUUUGGGAAUGCUACUUAACCACCCUAAGCUUACUUUUUCUUGUUCAUGAGAUAGGAAAGAUAAUACUACAUACUCCCUAUGGUUGUUAUGAGAAUUAAUGAGAUAAUACAAGCACUUCAUACAUGUUGUUGUUGCUGUUGCUAUUAUUCUCCCCAGAUGCCUUGACCCAAGGGACAUCAAAGAGUGAGAGUUUAAGAGUCAAUUAUUUAAGAGAUAAAGCCAUGGAAACAUAUGACCAUAAAGGGGUAUUGGUGAGAACAGUCUUAUGAAGUACACACUGAAUACUAAAGUAUAAUCAAUUUAACAUGAGAAGGUUGAUUUUAAAAGGUGGUUAGUUUAAGGUGAAAGACCUUAAGUCACUGGAUAAAUUGGUAUGGAAUUAAGGUGUGUAACUUUGGCUGGGUAUAUGUGAGAGACAGUGAGAUGAUAUUGCCCAAGGAAAGAUAGUACAAUGAGAGGGAAGAGAUCAAAGAACAGGGCCUUCUCAGCUAUCUAUGCUCAUGGUCACACCCUGAGUUUCUUCACUUAGGCUACCUCUCUGAGAACAUCCUCCCAUCUGACUAGCUCACUGGAACUCCCUCCCCCACCUUCGCUUGCUCUUCGACUUCGCCAAGACUGAGUCCCAUUACUACCUCUGUUCCAUGAUGAUCAUUUACUUCCUUCCAAAUCCAACCUACGCACCUCCUUCCCAAACAGCAGCAUAUUGCAUCUAGCAGCAUUCACAGUGCCUUGCUCCCUUCUUCUCCCAGGUCGCCUUUUAAUCUGUGCUCACCAAAUCCCCCCACACGACACUUUUCCUUCUCAUGAGGGCCAACAUAUAAAAUACAGUGAUUACCCCCUCCACGCUCUGGAGGAUCCCCUGCCAUUGCCUUCUCAAGUUCCCCCACCGCCUGGGUAACUCAUUUCUCAAAGACUCUGCUCCAGGGUUACUGUGAGGUCAAGACUGAUCCUUCCAGGAAAAGUUGACCAUACUCUUCCUUAAACUGUCCCCCAGUCCCCAUUCCGCCACAUCACACCAUGACUUGUAUUUUUCAGCUGUCUUCAGGUGACUAUUUUACCUACAUUAGACUCUGGCCUGAGGGCAAACACCAGGUCUUCUUUCCUUUUAACUGCAAGAUUCUAACCUGAGUGGUCUCUCUGUCUCUACAUACCUUUGCAGAUGAUUUUAAUAUAUCCUUAUUUCUCUGAAAAUUUUCCUAUAUAAUUUUUUUAAAGUUUAAAUAUAACAGCUUGGAGUUGCUAUUAUUUAAGUCAGAAUGGGGUGAGAGGGGAGACAGGAAGAAGAGAAAAUGGCAGUCUGUGAAAGGUCAAGUGAAGUGGUGACCUACAAAAGAAACCUAAGAUCAGAGGAAUUUAACUACUAAUUUGAAAUUUUAGUUUAACAAGUGUACACAGAGCCUUAGCGUUGCCUUAGACUAGACACUAAGAUAUGCCUAAAAGAAAGAUGACAUCUCUUACUAUCAUGUUACUUGUAACCAGAGUUUUGUUAUUUUAAUUCUUCCUCUUGUAAUUAAGUCUAGUACUAAGAAAAACUCAACACAAAUGAACUAUUUCAAAAGAUUGCUCACACGAAAUACGAAGUCUUGUUCAUCAGUAAGAUUUCUGACAUAGCUAUGUUUAUUUUUCAAUGUUGUAUAAACCUGCUUGACAGGUAUGAACCUACUGCUAAGAUUCAAGCAGUGUACUUUACAAGCCCAAGAAUCAGAAUUGUAAAUAUGCUUUGGAGUUGUCAUGCUAUAUCUCAGAAAGCAAGUCAAAAUGUUUAAAAAAGGGGAAUAUUUCAGUUCUUCAUCAUUCAUUAUGGUGUUAAAAUAUGCUGUGAAGCUAUUAGCAUCAUGCCAACUAUGACCAGGUUCUCUUCUUUGCGUCACAUACAUGGGACUGGGGCUGCUAGAGGUCCACUGCACAUCAAAAGGACUGAGAAUAAACUGCUGGUAGGGGUCGGGGUCACAGAAGGACAUUAGCUCUGUUGUAACCUCAAGCCUCUUGUUGAAUUAUUGCACUUCCUAGGCAAAUGUUAAUCUAACCAAUAAGUUUGAGGAUCCACUGUCUCAAGACUCAAAAUCGUUCAAGUGAAUUGCUCAACCUUGAAACCCAUAAAGCUUAGCUGCUUGAAUUAGCAAGGUUUUGCCUUAAAUAUUCAUAUUCUAGAAUCUAUAACAACACCGUAAUAUAAGCCAGAAAUACAGUGUGAGAACUUACCAAGUAAAUGAGGGAGUAUUCAGCUCUCUCUGAACGCAGGAUAGGCUAAUGUAAAUUUUAUAGGCCACCCCAUGCGAAGCUAAUUUCUUACUCACAGGGAUCCCAAUAAGAGAAAAAAAGUGUGCUAACAUAACAUACCAUACCAGCAAAACAGAAGCAAAUCAUUUUUCCAGACUUAAAGGAUAUAAUGUGAAAAGUCAUGGCUCCAGAGGAUGCACAGGUCCAGGUCUACCUAUCAUAAAAACACUGCCCCAAAUCCUCUUACAAAACAAUGGGGAAAAAAUUAAGCAAAUUAGAAAUGUAUUCACAGAGAGUGCCUGAUAAGGUCCUUACUCCAAUAUUUAAGAACAGUUUUGUUUAGGUAGGAUGGGUAGUUAAGUGCUUCAAAAAUAAACAUCUUUUCAUUAUGAAUUGCAAGUGGGAGAACUUAUAUUGCAUGAAGGGUACUCUAAUUUCAAGAUAGAUGGGUGGGUUUUCUAUUACACUGUCUGAAGUUGACCUUUUCCUGCUACCCCCUAAUACCCUAACAAAGAGAACAACACUGCUUUCAAAAGUGAAAUAAGAUCCUCAUCAGAUAACAUGGAGUCACUGAGGGAGCCAGUCAAGAGCAGGGUAGAUAUAAAAGCCUUAAAAUAAAUUCCCAAAGGGACUAUAAGCUGAGAUCAAGAAAUGCCCCAACUAAACAAUUUCUGUUUACUAUCCCACUUUUCAAAAGCAUUCCAUGGUUUUGAUGCCCAUUCGAUUUCAAUCUACUAUUCCCUUAUAAAGAACUUCUGAGGCAUUUUCAGAUGGAAGGGCAAACAUCAAAUAUCUUUUCAGAUUGUGGCUGUUGAAUGAAAACUCAUCUCAUUAUUAUUGAAUUCUUUUAGUGCAGAAGGAAAUAAGCAUGGCAAUUUGUUUUUCUUUAUCUGCAUCAACAAAGUUUUAUUAUUUUAAGUGUAAAUCUCCAAACCUCUCUAGGAACUUUCCUGUACACCCACUCACGAAGUUAAAAAAAAAAAAUUGUUAAAUAUUAACAUGUGUUUGUUUGGAUAGUUGUUUUCGAGUUUCACUUUCACCAACUCCUCUGCCAUCUGUCUUUGGGACCUAGAUUUUUUCCCUCAAACAGGGAUGAGAGUGAAGAGGAGAAUUUUUCUCCAGUAAAGUGACUUCAAAAAUUCAAUGAGCAUGAUAUUGUGACCACCAACAUAAUAACUGAUUCAUAUAAAGAUCAAAAAUAAAUGCUAAAACCAUUGGGCGAAUGACUGAUUGUUGGAGAACAAGACAUGCAUAUGGUCUCCAAGAAUUACCCUAGGGAUUACUUAUCAGUUAUCAAGGAGAUUAGGUACCUUUACAUUAUAAAGGUCCAGUGAACACCAACUUAAUUGAGUGAUUAAAUUUAGCCUAACCAACAAUAUAUCAUGUACCUUCUUAAGAGAAGCAGUGUAUGCUUGCUAUCAAUGUCUAAACCUGAAUCUAAUCAUUAGGAAGCCAGUCAUGUGAACCCUGACUGAAAGGCGUACUUCCAGACAACUGUCUUAGACUUUUCAAACAUGUUAAUGUCAUGAAAUACCAAGUAAGAAAAAACAAAAAAGGCAGGGAGAUAAGAAAGUUUCUAAAUGAGACUAAAGAGACAAGACAACAAUGGCUAUUGAUGACACUUGACUGAAUCCUUGAUCAAAUCUACGAAACUAUAAUAAAAGAUUUUUCAACAGUUGAAUAUGAGCUGUACAUGAGAUACUUUCAAAUGAUCCAGGAAAAAAAUAUAGAGAAAAAUGAGAAAGCAAAGAUGAAAAAAAUAUUAAGAAAAACUCCAGCAGGCAGGAGAUCCAGAUCUCUACUAUUAAAGUAUAUUUGCUAUACUUGUAUAAUAGAAAUAUCUUAAAGAUGUACAUCUGUAAAGCAUGAAAAUUUUUACUGUAAACAAAACUCAGGUAUUAAUUUAAUUCCUCAAGUGAUAUAAGCUGCUGCCAGUUCUUUAAUUUGCAGUCAUUCAUUCAUCUUGGCACUUGCCUUUGGAUUCAUCACCCGCUGCAAGGAAUUUUCAGUCUGAUGAGUUAAUAAAUAUUCAUCCCGCAAGUCCCUCUAACUGUAAAAGGACAACCUGGUCCAGCUGAUAGCAGACUAGCAUCUAGGCAUUUUCCAAAAACAUUUCAAUCUUUAAAAGUUUAGCUCUUAUUGAAAUUUAAAAGAAUAAUUUUUGCCUAGUGAAGAGCUAGACUCUCUGUCCUCAAAUUAUCAACAAGUUUCAAAGCCCAGGUAGCUUAUAUUUACCUUCAGAACAACUUCUUGGUCAGUUACUCUGUUUCUCACAAAUCAGCAACAGCUUGCCACUUAUAAUACUAAGUUGUUUUGACAUUUCCUUUUACUUCGAGGUAUAUGCUGGAUUGUUCUACGUCUAUCAACCUAAGAAGCAUCAUAAGCAUAAAGUCUUGAUGCACUCAACAUACUGAAGGACUUUUGAGAGCAAAAGAGGGUGAUACCAGUCUUUAUUAACCCUUUUUGGUACAUACCUCUUAUAUGAUUAAAGCUAUAGAGUUUUCUUCAACAAAUGCACACAUUCAUAUAUACUAAACACUUUGCAAACAAUUCAGAAAGUUCAGAGUCUCCCCCAAAUGCUCUCUUCAAUGCUAGGUUCGAAACCCAAGUCUUAAAGACAACUUCCUGGCUUCAAAUCCAAAGUCCACCACUGAUUUCCUGUGAAUCUUGGGGAAGUUACUUAACCUCUCUGGGCUUUUCAUUGACAUUCAUAAAAUUUAUACUAAUAGUACUAACCUCAAAGUGCUAUGGUGAGGAUUUAGUGAAAGUGCUUGGCACACAGCUUACAAAUUUUAGCUGCUGCUAGUUGCUAUCAUGCACUUCCUUUGUUUUAAAAAUCUGCCAUGGCUCCUAAUGAUUACAGUAUUAAGUCCGAGCAAACUGCCGUUAAAUCUCUAUAAUAGGAUCCUGAUGUACUUUUCCAGUCUUAUUUUACAAUGCUCCCCCCUUGACCCUCACUCUCCUUGCAGUACUUCUCCCCUGCUGUUGCUCCCUGUACAUUCCUGCCUCAGUGCCUUUGCUCAUACUGUUUCCUCUCCGUGGAACUAACUGCCCUAACCAUGUUACUCCUUCAGUUUGUCCUACUAUCUACCUAUCCCCAAAUGACUCUUCAAGGCUCAGAUCAAAUUCAAGCUCUGAUAUGGAACCGAGCAGGCUGGAAAUAAUUUGCUUUCUGUUAUGCUACCAUAAUACUACCAAUAGUAAGCACACAUUUUAUCCUGUUUUAUAGAAAUGAGCUCCCAUGUCUUUCUCUCCUACGAAACAAAAGCCCCUUGUGUUAUGCUUAUCUUUUAUGCUCCAAAGCCCUUGGCCCAGUUUUUUAUACACAGAAGCUCUAUGAUAAAUAUUUGAUAAAAUAAAUGGUUAAUCUGCAGGAAAUAAUUAAAAUAGAUAAUAUCAGAAAAGGAGCAUCAUUUCCUCCCAUAUAAAAUUUAACUAGCUUCUAUUUUAAUUAAGCCUAGUCCCUGGAUGUUUAUAUUGGAGGCCAGGGGGAGUGGCACAGUAUAGAGUGGAAAAGCUCAGUUUUGUACAACAGAGCUAAUUAACAAAAGAACGGCCACAUCUUUCUACUUGUCUGUACUCAGAGACUGAUAUUCUACUCUUUUUUAUUUUUUAAUUUAAAAAGACUUUUUAAAGGCUUCACAUUUCUAAACCAUUCAGAUAAUGUUUAGAUUCAUUCACUAAUUCGAAAACACUUACUGAACAUUAACAUAUUAGAGACUGUGGACAAAGAUAAGAAUAAUAGACCCUUCCCUUGACGAGCUCAUACUUGUGGGGGAGACGGGCAUCUCACCGGACAUAGCACAGAGGCUAUAAUUUGGGCUAGAGCUGAAAGGAAGCCCUGGGAGAACGAGCAGACAACACUGGCAGAGGGCACAACUUAUGCAAAGGCAGAAGCCCUAAAAGGCUGUGAUGAGCCUUGCAGAGAAAAUGCAUGUGUUAGGUAAGCCUUGUUCGGGUAUUGGUCAUAGGGCUGUGAUCAUGAGUUCAAUGUUAAUGAAUCAACAAUAUUAAAUAAAGUACCUUUAAAAAGACACAAGUUUGUGUAUUGAUCACUUGAGAAAAUGUUGUGACGGAGGUUCACAGGAACCUAAGCCUAUACCUCUAUGAGGAGCAACAGUUCAAUAUUCACUAAUUCAGCAUUCAAUGAGACUUUAUAGAAUGUAUCCACUAUAAACAACAAGAAUCGACUGUAUUAUAUCAGGUAAAGAGUGCAAUGAACUAGCCAUGACACACUGAUUUUUUUCACUCUACCUUUCGAAGAUAUAGAAAAGCCACAAAGUGGGGAAACAGAAAUCACUUUCUAGAUCCUGCAAUACUUCAGUGGGACUAGUCACUAUUUUCCGUCCAUCUAGAAUCACAGUUUCACAAAGAAGUGUUUGCUGCUCUGCUGGUUAACAAAGGAAAGAAAGAGGUCAACAGGCCAUGGGGUGUUAUGGGUCAAUGUAAAUGGGUGUCUUGGGGUGUAGCUGCUGUCUCCUGGGAGAGGUCUUAUGCUGAAGUUCUGCUAUUCCUUGAGGGCCACUUAUUUCCUGCUUGAUACUUGGUUUUAACUACUGCCUCAUUAACACAGGAAGCCUAAUUUGGGUGCAAGGCCUCUGAAAGGUGCAUUAUGUGCCAGGCCUCAAGCAAGAUCAAUUUAGAUCCUGAAGUCAAAAAGCCAACUUUUCUGAGCAAAUAAUCCACGCUUUAAUUUCUAAUGAGACA